AUGAGGUACGCGACGACUCCACAACAUCCAGGCAAUCAGACUUUCCGGAGUAGCGACAUCGGAGCGGGUGGGACACAGCCCCAAGACAGAGCAGCCGAAACGGGUCAAGAUAGUCAAGACUCGACGCCAAGCCGUGGUUCUAAGGACGAUGCCCAAGAAGAAAGCGUCGCGACGGUUGAUGACUUUUUAUUUGAGGAAGAGGACAUCCAGAACCAAGGAGGAAGGGUCAGUCAAUCCACUCCACUUGAAGACGACGUCGCAGGACAUGCAGUCACAGACUCAGGCUCGGAAGCCGACUUCAUUGCUCGAGGCCAAGGAAAUCCUUUGGACGAUGAGUUCGACGCUGCCCAACUUGCAUACUUUCGACUAAGAGAAGAGUAUGAAGCGCAGCACCGCCAGAUGAAAGAGGAAAGCGGCAAUGUCCAUCCUGCUAGUGGUGAACAAGAUCUGGGUGAAGACGAAGAAAGUGAGAGUGAAGAGGGAUCGGACGAAGAGGGCAGAGAGAACCCUUGGGACGAUAGCGAUGAUGGUGAAGACAAUCACGGCAAUGGUGGAGGAUAUCGGCACGGUGGUAGUGGGGGAUCCGAAGGAAGUGGACGAGACGAGCAUGGUGGCAGUGGAGGAUGCCAACAAGAACAAAGGCAGAGCGACAUUGAGGACUUCGAUGACCGCAACGACGAUGAACAACAAGACGAAGACUGGAGCGAGGUCGCCUUGCCGGGCGAAGAAGACGGCUUCCCUUGCAGAGACCGAAUUUUUCGUGAGCUUAAGCGGCUUCAGCAAAAGGUCCCCCAGCCUUUCGAGAUACCCGAACCAACGCGAAUAUUCGUCAACCGCCAGCAAACCUACUUCCAUGCAUCUGUGGCCAAACACAUCUGGUGGUGUGUCACGGCACAAGGCAGAGAAUGGUUGUUUCAAUAA